CGAAGACCAUACCAUAACGACACCAGCUUCUAGAUUAACAAUAUGCAUCGCACAGGUUUUAUAGCCUUUGUAUCAAUUCUCUUCUUCACUUUGACUUUAGGUCAAGUAUGUGAAGAUGGUGGCGCUGAAUAUGGUCAUGGAUGUUUAAACAAUGGUGUUUGUGAGUUGGAUCCACACGACAGCACACUGUAUUGCUCCUGCCAAGUUGACUUUACCGGUGAUUAUUGUGAAACAGAGAUGCUCGUUUGUAGUGACUCGGUACCGUGCCUAAACGGGGGAGUAUGUAUUGAAAGCGAGGCCGGAAACGAGUGCAACUGUGCUGAGGGUUACACGGGAUACCUAUGCGAAACAGAAUUUGACUGUGAAUCUAAUGACGAUUGCUUCAAUGGAGGUACAUGUGAUGACGAAACGAAUCGAUGUACGUGUCUUUCUGGAGUCACUGGUUACCACUGUGAGCGAGUUUUUCCAACCUGCAAUUGUUCUGAUACAAUAGAAUGCGUGAAUGACGUCAUCUGUCCAUGCUGCUGUGAAGGGGAAGCAUGCGUUCCAGAACCCGUAUGUGAAGUAGACAUUGAAAUUGGACAUGGGUGUUUGAACGGGGGAGUGUGUACUUCUGACGUCGACCCCACAGAGUUUGACUAUUGCCAGUGUCCCGAUGGAUAUACUGGCGACUAUUGCGAAACAGGUAAAACAUGGUUUCUUAUAAUUUAA